GGAGCGACCCGAGGAGCGGGCUGCAGCAGCGAGGAGCGACCCUCACUUUUGGCCCUUCUCAUAAGGAUGGAAAUGCUACUGUUUGGUGUCUGGGCCCUGCUGGCCUUGAUCCUUUGUCCAGGGGUUGCAGAAGAGCUAUUUGAGGUUUCUGUUUGGCCAGAUCAGGCCCUUGUAAAGUAUGGACAGUCACUAAUGGUCAAUUGCAGCACCACCUGUCCAGACCCGGGACCCAAUGGAAUUGAGACCUUAUUAAAGAAAACCCAGGUGGGCAAAGGGCCUCAGUGGAAGGAGUUUCUUCUGGAAGAUGUGACACAGGAUUCCAUCCUGCUGUGCUUCUUCUCUUGUGCAGGAAUCCAAAAGGAUAUAAGCCUUGGCAUUACCGUGUACCAGCCACCCGAACAGGUGAUCGUGGAGCUGCAGCCUGCAUGGGUGGCCGUGGAUGAAGCCUUUACAGUGACAUGCCACGUGCCCAGUGUCACACCCCUGGAGAACCUCACCCUCACCCUUCUCCAGGAUAACCAAGAACUACAUAGAAAAAAUUUUAAGAGCUUGUCUAUGGCCUCCCAAAGAGCUGAGGUCACCAUCAGUGCCAAAGCUGAAAGGGAGGAUGACAGGUGCAAUUUCUCCUGCCGUGCAGAACUGGACCUGCGUUCACAUGGUGGGGGGCUCUUUCACAGCAACUCAGCCAUCAAGGUACUCCGAAUCUUUGAAUUCUCUCGGAGCCCCCAGAUCUGGGUCCCUUCACUUCUGGAGGUUGGGAUGGCAGAGACUGUGAGCUGUGAGGUGGCUAGGGUGUUCCCAGCCGAAGAGGUAAUGAUCCACAUGUUCCUGGGAGACCAGGAGCUCAGCCCCUUCCUCUCCUGGGAGGGAGAUGCAGUAUGGGCCAAUGCCACCGUUCGGGCCAUGGAGACUGGUGAUCAGGAGCUGUCUUGCCUUGUGUCUCUGGGUCCAGUGAAACAGAAAACAAGAGAGCCAGUACAUGUCUAUAGCUUCCCUCCACCAAUCCUGGAGAUAGAAGAAUUAUACCCAUUGGCAGGGACAGAAAUGAACGUGACUUGCUCAGGGCAUGUAUUAACAUCACCCAGCCCUACUCUUCGGCUUCAGGGAGCCCCAGCUCUUCCUGCCCCCGGGGAGCCUGCCUGGCUGUUACUUACCACCAGGGAGGAAGAUGAUGGCCGAAAUUUCUCCUGCGAGGCCUCUUUGGAGGUUCAGGGUCAGCAGUUGAGCAAAACCACUGUGAUCCAGCUCCAUGUGUUAUACAAGCCACGAUUAGAGGAAUCUGGUUGCCCUGGCAACCAGACCUGGUUGGAAGGGAUGGAGCAGAUGCUUGCCUGUGUCCCAAAGGGAAACCCAGCACCAGUCUUGAUGUGUACCUGGAAUGGAACUGUCUUUGACCUCGAAGUGCCACAAAAGGCAACCCAGAACCACUCUAGAACCUACUGCUGCACAGCCACUAACCAGCUGGGCUCUGUCAGCAAAGACAUCGCUGUCAUUGUUCAAGGACUGGAUGAAGGAGUCAGUUCCACCAUCUUCGUCGUUAUUUUUGUCGCCCUUGGAGUGGGCGUAGUCACCAUAUCACUGUAUCUGAACAAUCGGCCCUGCAAAAUAGAGAGGAGGAAGUUGCCCUAUAGGCAGAAGGAGAAGAACAAAGAGGAAGAAAGCCAGUUUGCUGUUCAACAAGCAGAAAAGUGCAAUGCACAUAACUGUUAAUUAGAAACAGCUAUUUGGUUGAAGGCACCCUCUGCUGCUGGGGUUUCCUGAGGGAGGGAAGAGGGGAUAGAGGAGAAAGGAAGAGACAUUAUCCUUUGCAUUCUGUGGUCUCAUAAAAUAGUAUUUCAGGCCCUCAUGUCCUGUGGAUCCAAUCCACCCACAAGCUCAGCUCUUCUGAGUAGGAAUUCAGUUUCAUUGAUUAGCUUGUGAGAGGGCCCUUUGCUCCUUGCUGUGUGCGUGAUCAGUCCACUCAGAUUCAGAAAAGAAGAUCCUGCCUGGGCCUCGUCAUCCCCACUCCCA